AUGCUAAAUAAAGAUACCUACAGGGUGUUAUUUGAAGUCUUAAUUUGGAAUUUCAAUUGUUCUGUCAAUUACUACCCCCCCCAGAAAAUCAGUCUAGGACCGCCCUUGCCCUACCAUAUUUUUGGAAAUCACAGCAACUGCAGAGAUUCCUACUGUAAAAGGAAAAAUUCCGGGGAAGAAGAUUAUACCAAAAAUAUGACUCCUGAUUUUUUCAUGGAAAUUUUGACAAAUGUAGAGCCCAUGGUACAUAAAGCCGAUAGAUUGAUUUAUAAUGAAACUACGAAUCAAGCGGGAAGGUAUAUGGCUCUUGUUGCAAAAUGUACUGGAGGUAAGAGGGUGAAUUUUAGUGGGUCCGUUUCCUACACAGUUCGGGCUUACGGAGCAGCCCUUUCACAUGCUGCUGGUCCUGCCUGGCACCUACACACUUGGAGAGGUUCUUUAGGGGUCAACACAGAAAAAACUUUCCUUAGGAGGAGGAAAAUUCACGAAAGGAGAAGGGAGAAAUUAUUGAGCACUUCAAGAAAAAGGAAAACUCUCUCCAAUGGCCCUGAUUCCAAUUAUGGUCCAGAUGCUGCCCAACCUGACAUCACUGAGGAAGAAAUGUCCUCCAAGAAGUCAGAAUUUUUAAAUAUUCUCAGAAAUAGAAUAUCUGACUCGUCGAAGUUGAAGGAUUUGGAGGAAAAAACUCGUGGGCAGCAUGACAAUGCACUUUGGAGGCAAUACAGGCAGGACUAUCUAACAUCCUCGAACUUUGGUUCAGUAGUGAAAAGAAAAUCGACUACUCCUUGCCACAAUUUUGUGAAAGUCCUUCUAUAUAAAAAGCAAUUGAAUACCGCUGGAGUACUUUAUGGCAGGAUGAACGAAAGUAAGGCGGUAUCACUAUAUGAACAUUCAAAAAAUAUAAAGGUUACCCGGUGCGGAUUAUUUAUUGACCCUGAGUAUCCAUUCCUGGGAGCCUCUCCUGAUGGAUUGGUUGGGGACGAUGGUUUGAUAGAGGUCAAAUGUCUCCAAUCAAUCAAAGGAAAGCUAAGGGACUAUAAGAAACCGCACUGCUUCACUAUCGAGGAUGAUAGAAUAAGGCUGAAAAAAAAUCAUAAUUAUUUCUACCAAGUGCAAGGACAGUUGAAUAUCUGCAAAAAAAAAUUUUGUGAUUUUGUUCUAUAUACAGAUGAAGAUUUCCACAUAGAAAGAAUAGAAUGUGACGAGGCGCUGUGGAGAAAUAUCAUGUUGCCAAAGCUGGAGCAGUUCUAUAUGAAUUGCAUUCUUCCUGAAAUAAUAGAUGGGAGAAUACCAAGAGGAAUGCGAGCACGGGAUAUGAAUGAAACAAGGCAAUAAUUUCGAAGAAUCAAGAACUCAGGAGACUAGUGGACUACGACUCAAAGGAAGACAAAAGGAG